AUGAACGCGUUGAUUCCUCCGGUGCGGGCCCCAGCAGCACAACGCCCGGUCCAGAGCCCGCGCGUCAACACCAUUUUCGGACGAGCUUCUGGAGCGGAGAGUCCUCCGAUGGGCCGCGCCGCGGACACGCUCCUUGUUGAGACCCAGACACUCCUGAGGCCCGAUAGCCCCGUUGCUCUGGUCGUGCUCCUAGUGUCUCACGGCCUACAGUACGCCCCGAUCGUGCCCCUCAUCCGAGCCGUGUUCGCAACGUCAGCGGCAGCCAUCACAGCGCCGAGCGCGCCCGAACUGCACAGCCGCCGCAAAGCUCAUCAGAUCUCGUUCGCCAAACCACUUAUCGUAGAACACUGGUUCGUUAGGUUGUGA